GCUGGCAGUCAUUCAACUUGAAAUACCAUACAACAUACAAUUUAUAUUUUGUAUUUUAAACCGAAGUCGCCAGUAUUUCGUGUUUUGUAGUUGAAAUAUUUUUUUUCCAGCCCUGCCGGUACAAUUUGCACAUAAUUCCCACGUAAUUUUCUUUAGUUAGAGCUAGAUUAAGAUCGCAAAGGAUUUUAUAUCAUGGCGGGGUUAAUAAAUACGCGCUAUAUAUAUAUGUCAAUAAAACUUGUACAUAAAGAGACGAUUGUCUGGUCGCACGCAUAGUUGUAAACGAAACUACAGUGUAACGCGAGUUAAUAUUAGCUUUAGCCGUUAAAAAAUACAAUGUUUUCUGACAAGUAUGAGCGGUCGCACGUUUACCAUGAACUAAAACAAAUGGAAAACGUGAAAAAAAGCCUCAUUACUAAACCAAAAAAGCCUCCUUGGAUGCCGAGAAAAACUCUGUUUGAAUUAGUAAAUCACAGUUUAUCUCGUUUAACGCAACCCGUGUGGAAUAUUUGGCUACUCGUUGGGCACAUUAAAAGAUGUUUACGUGAGAAGAUUGAAUUCCAACGGAAACGGACUGUUGCAAAACAGAUUUUAUCCAACGGCUCUAUUAAAAGCGACCAGUUCGCCUUGACCGUGGCUAUAAUUAUACAUGUCAAUCUUUUCGGUAAACUGUAAAGACACAACAACCCAAUAAAAAUGUUAUGUUUGUAAAUAUAUUACUCGUCUAAAAAUA